CGAACUAUUCACUUAUAAACUUAGAAUGAUUAGAAAUACCUUAUAGAUACACGCGUGGCGAUAGACGAUUCUAUUACUCAGAGUGGUACAGUGGAUGACCGCCUCAUAUGUACGUAGACGCAAUAUAUGUAUAUAACUGGCCUAUGUACAUGUAAGUCUGUUACUCAACUACAACCUUUCUUUCCAUCCAUAUAUCAAAUAUACCACAAUGUCAAAACCUUCAUUCGCCAACCCGACAAUCCCUCGGGGUUCUACCGUUCUCGUUACUGGCGCCAAUGGUUUAAUUGCUUCUCAUGCCGUCGAUCGACUCCUAGAAGCAGGCUACAAUGUCCGAGGCACCGUUCGCAACCCUUCAAAGUGCACGUGGAUGGUGCCGUUAUUCGCAUCGCGUCAUCCAUCAAGCCGGUUAGAGAUCGUGCAGGUCUCGGACUUCGGUGCGCCCGGCGCAUGGAAUGACGUUGUCAAAGGUGUCGCCGCCGUUGUAGCCGUAGCUGGUGGUGUAGGCAUAGCAGUGUCGGAUAUCGACAAGGCGCUCGAAGAGGAGGUGCCGUGGAAUGAAGCGCUCCUGCAGGCAGCGAAGAACGAAUCUACCAUCAAGGCAUUUGUCUAUACAAGUAGUGCAUGGGCAACAUGGACACCAGAUCCCACCAAGAAGGUCAAAUUGACGGAAUGGACUUAUAAUGAAGAUGCCGUGCGAAUAGUCCGGAGCGACGCUACUCCUGAGGAAAAAGGAAUCCGGCCGUAUAUGGCAUUUAAAGCAUUGCUUGAGCAGUGGAUUUGGGACUGGGUUAAAAGAGAGAACCCGUCUUUCACCUUCAACACAAUUCUCCCCGAAACAGUUAUCGGCGAAUGUCUAGACCCCGAGAAUCAGGGCAUCUUAAGCACAUGCGGCAUGGUGAAGUCACUCUACGAGAGCAAGAACCUAGAGGUUCUAUCAAUGUUACCGCCCCAAUGGGCUUCUGACACGCGCGACACCGGCUUGCUUUACGUAGCGGCCCUGAUCACUCCCGGGAUAGACAGGGAGAGGCUUUAUCCGUGGAGCGACCGGUAUAGCUGGCCUAGGAUUGCCCAGAUUCUGAAGAAGCUGUAUCCGCAGAAGGAUAUCCCGGUCUUGGAGGAUGACGGAUGGGAUCAGACGGAAGUGCCGAAUGAGAGGGCUGCAGAAUUGCUGCGCGGCUUAGGCCAGGAUAGGUGGACCAGUCUUGAGGAGAGUGUGAAGGCUUGUGCGAAAGGCUUCGUGAAGGAUUGAUCGCACAUUGAUAUGGCCAUGGCAAACUUUUAAUGAAGAGAUUGAGAAUAUGAUAUUUAAACAUAUAAGCAUGUCCUUAAGGUUAAAGAAGAUGAUUUCGCUAAGCCGGACAAGUAUGCAUGGCAAAAGAAGAUGAAUUAUUUUCGUUAAUCCUGCCUAUAUUUAGAUACUACCUAUGAACCCCCCCUUUUACUUA